AUGGUGUACUAUGGCGCCGUAAGCAAAGGAUGCCAUCGCUGUCGCCAGCGAAAGAUCAAGGCACGUUCCAAAUACACACCAUACUUUAUGCAAUAUCCUUUGGAGUGCGAUCAGCGCAAACCCGGCUGCCAGAGGUGUGAGAAAUCUGACAUCGAAUGCCCCGGUUACAGAGAUCUGAAUCAGGUCCUUUUUCGUCUUGAAAAUAGCCGCAUUAUCCGAAGAGCCUGUAAGACUGAGCAGCCUAACUCAGGCUUGGUACCGGCCAAAACGACUUUGAGCCAAGACAACCCGCUACCUAAUAGUUAUCUUGAGGAGAUUCUUAAGUGGUUUCAUUCCGGCAUAACAUAUCCUCUUCUACAACCGGUUGAUGAACUGGGUGCCAAUUUUUUCUUUACCAAAUACACGUAUAACUCACCCCCUUAUGAUACAGACUACCAUGACUGGCUCAUGCAGUCGUACCUCGACGAAGGACCCAGCCGGGCUUUAAGAGCGGGAAUUGAAGCUGUAGGAUUGGCAGGAAUAUCGAAUACUUCUUCCCAUGCGCCCUACAUAACACGCAAGUCUAAAGAAAAGUACGGUGAGGCCAUGGCGGUCGUGAAGGAAGCUUUAAAUGACCCCGUUCGAGCAAUGGAGGAUUCCACUCUGAUGACUGUAUUGCUUCUUGGAGUGUUUGAGAUCAUUAACUUUGAAACUUGGGAUCGAUUUCAAUACUGGACUGCCCAUGUCAAUGCGGCUACAGCAUUACUAGAGCUUCGAGGUCGACAGCAAUUUGCUCAACAGCGCGGGGCACAACUUUAUAUCCAGAGUCGAUCUCAAAUUCUUCUAGCCUGCAUGCAGGAGGAAAUCGCAAUACCCCCAGGUUUAGUACGAGCAACUUAUGAUUUUGAAAACAGCGGGAUUAGACAACGCUGGCGCGAUCGCAAAUAUGCCAGUCCUGCUUCCAUUUCUGAAAUUUCCUUUCGAACGGCCAAUCUCCGCGCUGCCCUACGAACUGGCGAAAUCACCAAUCCUGAGGUCAUCCGCAAGUUGGCGCUUGAAAUUGACUCCGACCUCGAGUCCUGGGGAGCAGUGGUUCCACCUAGUUGGCACUACAAAAUUAUUGACGAUCCAAACGCAGCUGUCGGAACUUGUUUUGUGGGAACGAGGCACAUGUAUCCUGAGCACUGGAUUAUCGAAAUUUGGAACAAUUGGCGUGUCUUACGCAUCCUGGUGAACCAUAUAGUAGUGCAAAACGAGGCUCGGUUAAUGCAAGGCAGUGAGUCCAAGAAGCUAGCCGCGCUCUCUGUGAUUAGGCAGCUUUCCACGGAUAUUUGCAUUUCGGUUUAUAGCUUUACCGGAUCUCCACGUAUGAUAUCCCUCGUUCAGCCACUAUAUGUGGCGUGUCUCGAAGAGCACAACUCCUACAACGUUCGUUCUUUUGCGGUGGAGCAGUUGAGUAAAAUUGCUGCCUCACUGGGUAUUCGACAAGCCGGAUUACUGGCCAGCAUGGUUUCAAAAAGCCUCGGCAGCAAGGAUUUCUCACCCGAUGUUGCUGUUGGGGAGUCUGUUGAUCUUACUAUUGCGUGUCCUCUGUCAGAUUCAAGUCUUUGGGAAAGAUCCAGAUGAUUUUUCAGGCGUAAUUCUGUGCCCCUUAAGGAAGUAAUUGAGAACCGUUAAGACUUUCAGUAAUAAGCGACGUAUAUGCCUG